AUAUAUCUUAAUUUUCUCAGUUCAGUUCGAGAAGCGGUGUUGUGCACCUGCUUCGGCCAUUUUGUUCCACCUGAAUUUAGACUUUAGGGAAAGAUGACGUCCCCAAUUCUUAUGCAGCCGACUGGGGAAGUCUGGAAGCAGAUCAGGAUAGAGCUGAAUGAGAAUGUGGACACCAGGGACCAGGACCUGGCCCAUAUCAAGGAGUGGCUGAAGAAGCAGCCGCACCUCCCGGACGAAUGGGAUGAAGGCCGCAUUAUGACCUUCCUACGAGGCUGUAAAUUCUCUCUGGAGAAGACUAAGCGCAAGCUGGACAUGUACUUCACCAUGAGAGCAGCGUGCCCGGAGUUCUUCAACGACAGGGACAUCACGAGGCCGGAGUUUAAAGAACUGCUGGAGAAGGCACAAGGGCCGCCCCUGCCUCGUAUAACCCCAAGUGGUCGUCGGGUCACUAUCGCAAGAGCUGUCGACCCAAACGUUGAUGCGGCACAAUUGGUGAAUGUCUUCAAAGUCGCUCUGAUGAUUGGUGAUAUUAGACUGAAGGAAGAAAAAGAAGGUGUUGGCGGCGACGUGUACAUUCUGGAUGCUUCUAAAGCCGUGUCUCCGAGCAACCUGGCCAAGGUCUCUCCGGCAUUGCUGAAGAAGUUCUUGAUCUGUGUUCAGGAAGCCUACCCAGUGAAACUGAAAGAGGUCCACGUAGUGAACGCCUCUCCGUUAGUGGACAAGAUCGUAAGCUUGGUCAAGCCGUUUUUGAAACAGAAGCUUAGGGAGAGGAUAUUUAUCCACACAGACAUAAACACGCUUUAUGAGUACGUGCCGAAGGAUGUUCUUCCUGAAGAGUAUGGUGGAACCGGCGGGUCCCUUUCCGAACUGUGCAAGCUCUGGAUCCAAAAAUUGGAAGAAUAUGGCGACUGGUUCAAAGAACAGGAGUCUAUCAAGGCAAACGAGGCUCUGCGGCCAGGGAAACCCACCAACUAUGAUGAGCUUUUCGGCAUCGAUGGCUCUUUUAGACAACUAUCCAUAGACUAAGGAAUAAUGCAAUUAGUACUGUUAAGAUUGAACAGAGAUGAUGGUUAUUAAAAUAAGUUCGUAUGUGAGUUUAUUGCGCUGUAACAAAUGUUACUUUAAACAAUCUGUAGUUAUCAUUUAAUCAUUUGUUCCUUAAAUGUUGAUUUGUAUUAAUUCUUUACACACAUUUAACCAGAAAAGGCCAUAGACCGUAUUUCCCUAUUCUAUAUUCCUGUGCACCAAGCAGUUAGUUCUUGACAUCAGACUGAUAUUCAAAGUUUUUCUUCCUUUCAUAACUUUCAUCUGUUGAUAAAUCUUCAGAUAAACUUUUACGUUAGUCCUUACAUCCUUUCUCUUUUUUGUAAUUUUUUUUUACUCUUUGCUUUAAAUCCUCCUUUAAAUAAUCUCGGUGGCUUCGUAAAAUUAUAAAUCAUGUUUUUAUAUUUCUACGUUUUAUAGACAGAAUUUUUUCAAAGAAAUUAUAUAAUCACAAAACCAAGCCUUAUUUGAAAAUUCAGAAAGAUCGGCAAAAUUAUUAUUUAGCAUACACUUUGAUAGUCAGUAAGUACAUACAAGUAAAACAUGAAAUCUUGGGUCAUCUAACGUCCAUAAGGAAGGCGAGAAAAGAUUUGUUUAGGUUCAUGAGACGACAGUGGAUGAUAAAUAUAUUUUGAUGGCUUUUCAAACCUAAAAAGCAGUAUUUCCUGUGCUGUUUCCGGUAAAAUUACUUACAAUAAGUUUAAGUGGCACCUUUGCUUUCUUAUAAGUGGGAGAAAAGGGUUUUAUUUUACGAUUCUUCCAAACGAGUGUGAUACAUAAUUAUAGUUUACUUUAGUUUUAAACUUGUAACAGUUUUUAAAAUAAAAUAGAUGAAAAAUU